UGUCCAAACCUUUGGCCUGUACUGUACGUGAAAAUGGCAAAUAUCGGGGCCGAUAAUAGGCGUGGCCAAUACUCUGUUGAUCCCCAUUAGGGCUGCAACUAACAACUAAUUUGAUAAUCGAUUAAUCUGUCGAUUAUUACUUCGAUUAAUAAUCGGAUAAAAGAGACAAACUACAUUUCUAUCCUUUCCAGAGUUUUAUUGAAAAAAAACAGCAUACUGGCACCAUACUUAUUUUGAUUAUUGUUUCUCAGCUGUUUGUAAAUGUUGAUUUUUGUAAAUAAAGGUUUAUUAAAAAAAAAUUGUUUUAAAUAAAAUUUUAAAAAGUAGCCUCUGCGCAUGCGCAUAGCAUAGAUCCAACAAAUCGAUGACUAAAUUAAUCACUAACUAUUUUUAUAAUUGAUUUUAAUCGAUUAGUUAUUGCAGCACUAAUCCCUAUUAUCACAAGAAACACUACUGUGCCGAUAAAUGUGGUCAUGAACAGCAACAAUAGUCAACAAUUUUACAAUUUAAAAAGAACAGCAGUGGCUUGGAACCUCUAAUCUUAUAAAACACACCAAUGUUUGUCUUAAUAUUCUUUCUACAUGGUGGUAGCAUGAUGUCGUCAUGUCAUUUGUAAUGUAAUAGGUAAAUAAAAAGGCCAUAACAUAAACAGUACAUGACUAUUUACAUUGUAGAUUGUCACUGAAGGCAUCAAAACUAUGACACCUGUGAAGUAAAAAAAACAUUUCAGGUGACUACUGUGGUCUGGAUUAUGUUUUGUUAGAUUUUGGACUCUUUUAAUUCCUGUUUGCCCUUCCUUGUUUGUUUUGUCACCAUGGCGACUCAUUAGUUUCACCUGCCUCAUUUGUUCAAGACACGCACCUACUUUAAUCAGGAGAUGACUAUUUAAACCUCCUUUGCCAGUCAGUUGGUCUGGCGACAUUGCUCUUUUCUGGCCACAACGACACACACAGCAACAGGCUGAAGAUCACAAAGGGACGCUACAACCAACUCUAAAAAAAAAGAUGAUGGCCACACCAAAAAACACCCCCCGGGGCGCACACAACACACCUCUCUCCCCCAACCGCAUCACCCGCCUCCAGGAGAAGGAGGACCUGUGCAACCUCAACGACCGCCUGGCCGUCUACAUCGACAAGGUCCGCAACCUGGAGGCCGAGAACGCCGGCCUCCGUCUGCGCAUCACCGAGUCGGAGACGGAGGUCUCGCGGGAGCUGACGGGCCUCAAGGCGGCCUACGAGACGGAGCUGGCCGAUGCCCGCCAGACGCUGGACUCGGUGGCCAAGGAGCGCGCGCGACUGCAGCUGGAGGUGGGCAAGCUGAGGGAGGAGUACAAGGAGCUCAAAGCCAGGAACACUAAAAAGGAAUCGGACCUGGCGGCAGCCUUGCUGAGGCUCAAAGACUUGGAGGCCUUGCUGAACUCGAAGGACGCCUCCUUGACGACAGCGCUCGGAGAGAAGCGGAGCCUCGAAGCGGAAAACCGGGAACUGAAGACGCAGGUUGCCAAGCUCGACACCAGCCUGGGUGAAGCCAGGAAGCAGCUGCAAGAUGAGAUGCUGAGGAGGGUGGAUGGAGAAAAUCGUAUCCAGACCCUCAAGGAGCAGCUGGACUUCCAAAAGAACCUCCAUUCUGAGGAGCUGCGUGAGACCAAGCGGCGCCAUGAGUCUCGUAUGGUGGAGUUGGACAACGGCCACCAGCAAGACUUUGAAAGCAAACUGGCGGAGGCCUUGACGGACAUGCGGGGCCAGCAUGACUUACAAAUUCAACUCUAUAAGGAUGAGCUGGAGAAGACCUACAACUCCAAGCUGGAAGGCGCACGUCAGUCAGCAGACAGGAGCAGCCACCUGGUAGGUGCGGCGCAUGAGGAGCUCCAGGAGACGCGCGUCCGCCUGGAGUCCAUGUCGUCUCAGCUCAGCCAGCUGCAGAAACAGCUUGCAGCCCGUGAAGCAAAGGUGAGAGACCUGGAGGAAGCCCUGUCUCGAGAGCGGGACACCAUGCGGCGCCUUCUUGGAGAGAAAGACCGAGAAAUGGCGGAGAUGAGGCAGCGGAUGCAGCAGCAGCUGGACGAGUACCAGGAGCUCCUGGAUGUCAAGCUGGCAUUAGACAUGGAGAUUUGUGCCUACAGGAAGCUCCUGGAGGGCGAGGAGCAGAGGCUGCGCCUCUCCCCGAGUCCGCCCCCGACGAUGACGGCGGUGAGUCGCACCUCGAAUCUGUCGACUCAUUCGCGAUCUGGCCACUGCGGCUCUGCCGUCAAGAGACGGCGCCCCAACGACACGGACAGCGAGGCCUCCAGCUUUGCCGGCGGCGCCGUGGCUCGCACCCGCAUUACCCAACAGGCCUCUGCCAGCGGACGGGUCACUGUGGAUGAAGUGGACCUGGAUGGGAAAUACGUCCGACUCAGCAAUAAAGCAGAUGAGGAUCAAAAUCUAGGGAACUGGCAAGUGAAACGUCAGGUAGGAUCCGGUUCUGCAAUUGCAUUCAAGUUCCCUGCAAAGUUCGUCCUGAAGGCCGGCCAGAGAGUCACGAUCUGGGCUGCUGGUGCUGGUGGAAACCACAAUCCUCCUUCCGAUCUGGUGUGGAAGACACAACCCAACUGGGGAACCGGAGACCAGUUCCAGACCACCUUGAUCAGUGCUAAUGGGGAGGAAAUGGCAAUGAGGAAGGUCACUCGCACACAGCUUGAAGAAGAUGACGACGACCUGCAGGUGGCUCACAGCACCUGCGGGGACAGCGAGUACAACCUGCGUAGUCGCACGGUGGUGUGCGGCUCCUGCGGCCUCCCCUCCGACAAGUCCAACAACUGCUCCGUCGUGUCUUCGGCCUCCCGCUCCUUCCGCAGCGGCGGCAUCUCCGAGGGUUUGCUGCCCCAUUCUUACGUGUUCAGCACCAGCACGCCUCGCAAGAGUGGAAGAACUGAGAAAUGUCCAAUCAUGUGAGCUUCUGGAGGACCAACACUGUUCAUACCAGUUCUUUUAUGAUUAUGGUACUUUGAUAUAAUCCUUCCAUAUAAUCUGAAAAAUCUACAUACUGCCUUUUUGUGAUACAUAGAAUAGAAUAGAAUAGGAUAUACUAUUCAUAUAUAUACAGGAUUUCUGUAUAUAUGAAUAUAGCUUUUCGCUAUUCAGGAUAUACUAGGCAUGCUUUGACUUAUUUUUUUAUAUUUUGUAAAAUUCAUUUAUAGAUGGUGUCAGCCACCUGACAAUUACAUAUGAAGUAGUUUAGUCUAAAACUUUGACAUCUUAAUACUGCUGUUAGGACUUUUUAUAUGAAAUGCUGAAAAGACAAUGAAUAAAAUGAUGACUAUUCAUGAUUACGUUUACACUUACUUUCUCAGUAAAAUGGCCUCUGUUUCUUGUGCUUUUUUUUUUUUUAAAUAAACUUUGCAGAAAUUGAUCUACAGUAAUUUGACUUUUCACUUGUGAUCAUCGUCUAAAACUUUAUUCACAAAUUAGGAAAUAUUACUCUUUUAAUUAUAAAUACAAAACAGAAAAUGUACCAUGACUGGC